GAUAAACUCGAUGACUUUAGUGGUUUCCUUUGGAAGCAAGAAAUGAGAAAAUAAUCGAAACAUUAAACCGAUAUUGCAAAAAUUAAGAUCACACUCUUCAUCUAGUCACCUUCCUUCUAUAUAUACAUACACACAAAAUCCGUUGCGUUUCAGUCUCUCUCUCUCACCCUUUUCCUCACUCAUUGAGAUCAUCGAUAUUUUGACGCGGCUCACGGAUACGCGUGGUUUGCCGUGAAAAUCCGUCUCUGAUUUCGAUCAACCUGACUAAUCGUUGUGAGAAUUUCGGAUAUUUGCUCCUUCGCCGUUGGUUUCGGGUUUUUUCGUUGGAAAAUUUGCGAAUUUGGUUUUCUAGGGUUGGGGCUUGGCUUUGUUUGAUUGCUAGCUUUUGUUUGCGGCUUACCUGGAACGCUACUAGCUAUGGAGGCUCCGUCUACUGUGGUGAUCAAGGUCAAGUAUGGGGAUAUGCUUAGGCGUUUCAAUGCCCCUAUUGUUGAUGAAAAACUUUCCAUGAACAUGGAUGGGCUGAGAGAGAAGAUCCUUUCGCUCUUCAGCUUUGCUCUUGAUACUGAUCUGAUGCUUACUUAUGUUGACGAAGAUGGGGAUGUGGUUAAUCUUGUUGAUGAUGAUGAUCUUCGUGAUGUCGUAAAACAGGGUCUGAACCCCGUGAGAGUAACAGUAAAAGUGAAUAAUGAUAAGAAUGGGAAGCAAACUUAUUCUAGUGUUAGUUCUACUCCUUCUAGGUCUCCUCCUGUGCAACCUCUACCAAAUCUGAGUGCUGGUGUCUCUGAGCUUCUGAGGCAUGUUCCCGAGCCUAUGCGUGAAGCAUUGGCGAAACUUUCUGAAGAAUUGGCAUCCAAGGCAUCGUCCUCUUCUCCUGGUAUUUCUAACUUUGCUGACAACUUGUCAAAAGUCAGCUUAUCCUAUUUGGGCCAGCUUUCGGACUCUGCUGUGAUGUCUAACGUGCAGAAUGGUGCUCCUGAGACCAGCUCAGCUACAGAUAACAAAGAUUCUGAACCCCCCAAGGUUGCUGCUGAAAAACCUAAGCCAGAUGCUAGGAUGGAAAGUAACGAGGUCAAAAUUCAAAAUGCAACUGGGCCCAGGAAGGAUGGCCCAACUUUUGACUUCAAUGCUGUGGCUGCUGCCCUUGAGUCUGAGAAUGCCAGUGGUUCCAAGCCUGAAUCAGGCGGUGUUCCCCAUACUAUUCGUAGAAGAGAAAAAGUCAGGAAGAAUGUUGAAUGUUCUAACGGAAAGUCGCAUGUGACCAGCAACCCUCCAGCUGUUGCAAUCAAUGUCGAGAAGGUUGCAGAACCUGGGUCGAACCCUUGUGAUGGUUCUUCUAAUCUUGUGAAUGGAGGUCACGUCCCCGACAACUUGACAUCUGUCGUAAUUGAUGCUUUCAAGAAGGCAACAUCACCAACCUGGUCUCCUUACAAAGAUGUAAAUUUGGGCUCACUUCGUGGUCUAAGUUGCAUGUAUGAGUGCCCAUUUUCUGGUACAUCACUGGAGAAUGCCUCAGCAGCUCCCCAACAUUCCGCUUCUGAUGCAAAUCCCUUUAGGAGAAGUCAUAGUCAAAAUGAUAGCAGUGGGAAUAUCUUCCAUCGAGGGGUUCGUUGUGAUGGUUGUGGUAUCCACCCUAUAGUUGGCCCGAGGUUCAAGUCGAAAGUGAAGGUUGAUUAUGACUUGUGCCGUGUUUGCUAUGAUAAAAUGGGGAAUAACAAUGAAUAUGUCAGAAUGGACCGCCCAGCAGUUUACCGACAUCAUUUGCCCCAUUUUCGGGUGAGGGACCAGGGUGGACUGAUCCCUCAUGUUUACAGAGGUCAUAAGAUUAAACUCGGUUCAGCGAAGCUAGAUAGUCGCUUCAUUCAAGAUGUUAACAUAUUUGAUGGUACUGUUAUGGCACCUUUAACUCCAUUUACCAAGAUAUGGCGGAUGAGGAACAAUGGUACAGUCGCAUGGCCCCAAAAAACUCAACUUGUUUGGAUUGGAGGAGAUAAAUUGACCGAUGCACAUUCUAUGGAAGUACAAAUUUCUGCUGCUGGAUUACAGGUAGACCAGGAGCUUGAUGUUGCCAUUGAUUUCAUCUCUCCAGAGCUUCCAGGACGGUAUAUCUCGUAUUGGAGGAUGGCCUCACCAUCUGGCCAGAAGUUUGGGCAGCGUGUUUGGGUUCUAAUCCAGGUUGAUGCUUCUACUAUUCAAGAAUCGCCUCGUGAUACCGUAAGAAAUUUGAACCUUAACUUGCCCCCUAUAAGCAGCUCCAUGACUGGCGUGGAAAUUAUUAACGUGGAUUCCGAAGCAACAGCGGAUGCCAGUCGCCGUAAGGUCGGUGACUCAAAAAAGAUUGUGGAAUCGGGAUUACUGAACACGGACAAUGAGCUGAAAUUCCCUAUCAAUGAUAGCUUGUUGGUUGGUAAUGGAGCUGGAUCGAGCUCUGCUCCCUCUUCAUCAGCUUUAUAUCCUAUCAUAGACCUCGGUGAUAUGGAACCACCUCUCCCGUCGGUAUCUCCUGCUAUGCCUAUCCAUGUGUUGCAGCCACCGCCUUCACCUGUCCCUUCUGCUAUGCCUAUCCCGAUGCCGCCGCCACCACCACCUCCUGCAGCACACAUUGCCAUUGUACCCGAAUCUGUUGAGCUUCCCGAAAAGCAACUAAUGGAGGAUAAACUUCUGAGGGAACUUGAGGAGAUGGGCUUCAAACAGGUGGAUCUAAACAAGGAAGUAUUGAGGAUGAACGAGUAUGAUCUCGAGCAAGCAGUGGAUGAUCUCUGUGGUGUUUCCGAGUGGGAUCCUAUCCUUGAAGAGCUCGAAGAGAUGGGUUUUCGUAACACAGAAAUGAACAAGAAGCUACUGAAGAAGAACAAUGGGAGCAUCAAGCGUGUUGUCAUGGACCUCAUCGCUGGAGAGGGGGAUGUUUAGGAUGGUUCAUGAUCCAUAUAAUGAUGGCUAUGAAUAAAUAUGUUAAUAUGGUACGCCCUUUCCAGUAUCUUAGACGGGGCUAAUUUAUGCUUGUUGAACUUUUAGCUGUGUUUAUAUAAGUAUUUCUCACUGAA